UGGAAAUGUUAUCAGAUAUGUUAUCAUAGAUAGAAUGGUGAAUGUGCCAAAGUUACCAUUGGUUGAUAUAAUAUAAAAGGAGGUAUUAUUAUUAUUGAGCCGAUACCUGAUCAAAUGUCUUCAAUUAUGAACAACAUUCUAUUUAAUAGUUUGAUUAUUAUUUUACUUUGUUCAAACAUUAUAUAUAAAUGCAAAAGUGAUAUAUGUACAACAUGUUUGUGUUCUGUUAAAGAUACAGGAAGAAUUAUUAAUUGCCAUGAAAAAUUCAUUACAAAUGAUAACAGAAUUCAACUGAACUCAUUAAUGCUAGAUCAGUUUCAAAAUGUAGAGGGAUUAAUUUUAUCAAAGAAUAACUUAACGCUUAUAUCACCAAGUAUAUUUAUAAAACUGAAGCAUUUAAAGAAAUUAGAUUUGUCUGAGAACCUAAUGCCUGAAAUAUAUAUUAAUGGAUUAGCUGAAUCCAAUGAUCUAGACGAGUUGAAUUAUUCAAAGAAUAAAUUGAAAAUCUUUGAUAAUAUUAUAUUUGAUGAAAUAUCAACGAUUACUAAAUUAAACUUGAGUCAUAAUUAUAUCAAAGUACUUAAAUCAACGACUGUUUCAAAAUCUGUCAUAAAUUUAAUUACCCUUGAUCUUUCUUAUAACGAUAUAACUUUUAUUGACGACGCAUUUUUAAAAUCAUUCUUGCACUUACAACAUUUAGACUUGUCAUUUAAUGAGAUUACUUCAAUUUCUGAAAAUAUUUUUUUGCAACUUCCUGCUUUAAGGACACUUAGGAUAAAUAACAAUUUUCUUACAUCAUUGAACUUUAAUGAACUGCCAGAAAAUUUAAUUGAAUUGCACGUUGAAUACAACAAGAUCGUAAACUUGCUUUAUGAACCAUCACAAAUUCAAGAACUGAAUAUUGAAUUCAAUAACAUUUCUUGGUUAGAAACAAAUUUAUCUUCUUUUCAUUCUUUAGAGUAUUUAAAUGUAAGUGGUAACAAAUUGGCCAAAUUUCCAAAUAUAACACUACGGCGAUUAAAAGUAUUAGAUAUCUCUAAUAAUAAUUAUUCUAAUAUCCCGAAAUAUUUAUCAUCAGAAAAUUAUCCAUUAUUGAGUACACUUCUCGUAAGUGGAAAUCUAAUGAAGGAUUUAACAUUUCAUUCUAAAUUAAAACUCCGUUCGUUCGUUGCAAAUUAUAUUACACAUCUUGAAAAGAUUAAUAAUGAUGCAUUCGUAAAAUUGGAAGCACCCGUAAAUGAUUGCAUUAAUCUUACGAUAUCGAACAAUAAAAAACUGAUCACCAUUGAUGAGAGAGCUUUGGAUCAUAUCAAUGCAUGUUUCGUGGAUUUCAGUGACAAUAACAUUAACUACAUUUCCCCUAAAUUAUUAUUAUUAUCCGAUGGUACUCUUAAAAUGAACAAUGGUAUUGAUUUACAAGGAAAUCCCUUCGCAUGCAAUUGUUCCUUACAAUGGAUGUUAAGUGAUCUAAUACCACAGCUCUAUGUUAUAAAUCCAAGUAUUUUGAAUAAUUUAAGAUGCGCAACGCCCCUAAACCUAUCGAAUAUAAGACUGGUGCAUUGGUACAAAUGGAAGAAAGAAAUAUUUUGCAAAGACAUGUCCGAAUUAUUGUCAAAUUUAUCAGAAAAAUAUGAGGCAGUAUCUGAAAGAAAAAUAAUAAUGAUUGAGUCAAGUCCUGAAUUAUUUGCAAUCUUAGGGAUUGCUAUCGUAUUGUUGAUAGUUCUCUUUGUGAUUGGAAUUUUGUUGACUCAAAAGUUAGAGAAUGAAAGAUCUCGUAAAAACAGAAGAUUUUAAAUAAACAUUAGAAAGAGAUAUUAAUUUAUAAACGAUACAAUUGUAUAAUAUAAAUUUAAUAAAAGCCUGGUUAGAAGAAAAUUUCAUUGAAAAAAGAGCAUAAUUAUAUGCAUAACGUUAAAGAUUAUUGCACAAGUUCGAUUAAUUGCUUCAAAAAUGUUCCAAUGAGAGGAUACUUUUGCCAUUGAAUUAAUGAUGACGGUAGAAAUAGAUAAUAUAUUUUAAGUUAUUGGACCAACCUCAUUUAUUUUAUUAAAUACAUUAAUAUUGUAUUGGACAUUUUAAAGAAUAUAUUUAUACAUUUGGACGCAAAAUGUAUUUCAUUUAUAUAUUGAUUUCUAAAUAUCAUCUAUUUGCCAGUGACCCGAUGUUACUUGGAUCGAUGGAUUUUCCCUCAGUUCAUUCAAAAAAGAACAUAUAUUCUCAUAAUAUCCAGAUUGACACCAUGUCUCAUUAUGUGUACCACCAGAAAUUGGAAGAAUCUUCUUAUAUUGACUUUUACAAUUUUUAAAAAGUUCCUGCAUCAUUCGCGGUGGCACGAAUGUAUCUGCUAAGCCAGAGAUAAAUAAUGUUGGUACUGUCAUCGAUCGUAUUUUGAAAAUAGAUAAAUACUGCAACAAUAACAAGCAAUGCCAUUAAAAAAAAAAACAAAACAAAACGAAACGAAACGAAACGAAAGAACAAGGAAGGAG